UUUUGAAACACAAAAGUCAAAGUCAAAGUCAGUUUUAUUUGUCAAUUUUUCAUAUGUGCAAACAUACAGAAGAUUGAAAUUACGUUUCUCUUCUGUCCAACAUAAAGUGAAUUGAAUUGUGCAACAUAAAGUGAAUUGUGCAACAUAUAGACAACAUAAAGUGCAAAAAUAGUAAAAGAACAUGUAAACAUAUAGACAACAUAAAUUGAACUAGCAGCAUUCAGACAUGUGAGUCUGAAAGAGGACGGAGUGGGAGAGUUCAGCUUCCUGACAGCCUGGUGGUGUGAGCCCGGAGGCUCCGGUAUCUCCUCCUAGAGGGCAGGAGGCUGAAGAGACCGUGUGAGGGGUGGCAGGGGUCACUCACAAUCGUGGUCACUUUGCGGGUGAGGCGGGUGUUGUAUAUGUCCUGUAGGGAUGGGAGGGGGGGUAGUGAGGCACCCAUGAUCCUUCCAGCUGCCUUCACUAUGCGCUGCAGGGCUUUCCUGCUGUAGUCUGUGCAGCUUCCGCCCCACACAGUGAUGCAGUUGGUCAGGAUACUCUCGAUGGUGCCGCGGUAGAAGGUGCACAUGAUGGAUGGGGGGCUCCCUGCUUUCCUCAGUUUCCGGAGGAAGUAGAGGCGCCUCUGUGCUUUGCACAAGCAUUGUGUGUUUGUUGUGUGUGUGUGUGUGUGUGUGUGUAUAUGAGGUGAGACUGUGGCCAUAACGCAGUUUCCACUCGACCAUUUAGCUUCUACCUUAACCAUUUAACUCUUCCUUUGGAAUAAAUUAACCUGUGAUGAAAUAAGAAGCAGUCAAGGUAGUACAUUUGUGAUAGCCCACAUUAAAUAUUGAACUUUUGAAUUUUUAAGGCAGGAAAUAUAGAUGGUACCAGUAGAAAGGACCUACGCUCCUGGUCUCAGCUUAGUUUAUUACAACUUUCUAUAGUUGUCUUUUUUUUAAUUCAUUAUUCUUUUUGGCACAAGGACACAGUUUCAUUUAGCAAAGUGCUUCACAUUUAACGUAUUGAUGAAUAAACAACAAUGCAGUGAGCCUCACUCCAGGCCCGACAUGGCAUCCCUCCAGUUACGCCAACAUGUUUGUGGCGGAAUGCUGAUUCGGGAGGUCUUUGUUUUAACGGCAGCACACUGCAAACAUCUAUUGUCUUUCUCUGAGGGGGAUUCCGGGGGACCACUACUCUGCAACAGUAAACCUAACGGUAUAACAGCUUUUACCCUGAAAGAUGAUUGCAAUAAUCCCAAAUAUCCCCAUGUCCUCACUAAGGUAAAUUUCUUUCUCCCCUGGAUUAAGAAAGUGAUGAAGGGAUUGGGUAAUUUAGCAUGAGCCAUAUUUCUGAGGACAAAAAUAUUGUCCUUUCCUCACUUGCUUUAACAACAUGCCAAACAUUUCAAGAAUUAUGGUCUUUGUUUUGAAAAAUAAUAAAUGAAAGUAAAUGUCUUGCAUGUGAAAAAAAAAUUGAAUAAAAACGUCUCAUUAUACAUA